AUGGAAGAUAUCGCUUUCGCCGCAUUUGCAGCUGCAGAAGCGUCGACAUUCGCAGCGACCGCGGCCAGAGAAGCAGCCACCGCCGCCACUGUAGCAGCCAACGCAGCCACAUUAGCCGAAGCGGCAGACGCGUCCAAAGCACUCUCCAUCUCGGCUUCCAUAGCAGUAACUGCAGCCGCGACAGCAGCAGCCGCCGCUGAAGCGUUGGCGGAAAUCGUAGCCGAAGCAUUAGAGAUCGACGAGGAACUGUUGGCUGAACGCACGGCUGCCGCCGCGUGA